AUGGGGCGUUUCAUAUCUGGUUUGGACCAAGAAUUACAAGACAAACUUGAAGGUUAUACUAACCUCACGUUUGCUGAAGCUUGCAAGUUGGUGAUUAAGUUCGAUGCUAAGAGGAAGAAGAAGAAGCCUACUACCAUUCCUCAAUUUGCACGAAAACCUUCUUUUCCUACGAAGGAAGGUUCUUCCUUUAACAAACCAAGUAAUCCACCAAAAAAGGACACAAAGGACGUGAAGCUAGGUGACAUUGUGUGUUACAAAUGUGGAGGACGAGGUCAUUACAAGAAGGAUUGUCCUAAUACUAGGGCGUUAACCAUACAAGAGGGGGAAGAAGAAGUUGAAGAUGAUUGUGAUGAUUGCAUUGCCGAGCCAGAGGAGAAGACUAGCCUCGUGAUUAGGAGGGCCUUACAAGCACGUGUGGAAGAGGAUGCUGCCCCCCAACGACAACACAUUUUCAUCACCCGUUGUAAAAUUGGUGACGAGGUAUGUGAUUUGAUUAUUGAUGGAGGAAGUGAGGCUAAUACCGUGUCUAAGACCCUAGUAUCUAAACUUGGUCUUACGACUACUAAUCAUCCACAACCUUACAAAUUAAGUUGGUUAGAUUCUAAUGCUAGCACUGGGGUUAGGAAGCAAUGCAUGGUUUCUUUUUGUAUUGGUUCGUAUUGUGAUUCUAUAUUAUGUGAUGUUGUGUCCAUGGAUGCUUGUCAUAUUCUACUUGGUAGGCCUUGGCAAACUGAUAAAAGAUCUAUACAUGAUGGGUAUCACAACACGUAUACCAUAGUCCAUGAAGGGAGAAAGAAAAAACUACACCCUUUACCACCCCCACGGAUUUUGAGGACGUUUUUUCCGAAUGAAUUACCUAAAGAACUACCACCCAUACGUGGAAUUGAGCAUCAAAUCGAUCUCAUUCCCGGAGCACCUUUGCCAAAUAAGCCAGCCUAUAGGUGUAACCCUUUAGAAACUAAGGAAUUACAACGUCAAAUUGAAGAGCUAAUGGGGAUGGGUUAUGUGCGUGAGUCCAUGAGUCCAUGUGCCGUUCCUGCUUUGUUGGUCCCUAAGAAAGAUGGUACUUGGAGAAUGUGUAUUGAUAGUAGAGCCGUUAAUAACAUUACUAUCAAGUACAGGUUUCCAAUUCCAAGGCUUGAUGACAUGCUUGAUGAGUUAAGUGGUUCCAAGGUCUUCUCAAAGGUAGACUUGAGAAGUGGGUAUCAUCAAAUUCGCAUGAGAGAAGGGGAUGAAUGGAAAACCGCGUUCAAGACAAAGCAUGGGUUGUAUGAGUGGCUCGUCAUGCCAUUUGGCCUUACAAAUGCCCCUAGCACGUUCAUGAGAUUAAUGAAUGAGGUGCUAAGGCCAUUUCUUGGCAAGUUCGUGGUAGUAUACUUGGAUGACAUUCUCAUUUAUUCACGUGAUGAAGAAUCUCAUUUUGAUCAUCUUUUCCAAGUAUUUUCUGUUUUGAGGCAAGAAAAAUUGUAUGGGAAACUAGAAAAAUGUGAUUUUUUAUUGUAUGAAGUCAUGUUUCUUGGUUACACACUCAUGUCUCCCAUCACCGAGUGUACUAAGAAAGGCGUGUUUGAAUGGACACCCCAAGCUCAAAGGGCAUUUGAAGAAGUCAAGAAGAAGAUGUGCAACACACCCAUCUUAGCACUUCCGGAUUUUUCCAAACCAUUUGAGGUUGAAUGUGACGCAAGUGGAAAGGGUAUUGGUGCCGUAUUGAUUCAAGCAAAGGUACUUGGGUUCGAUUUGAUCAAAGAAUACUAUCAAGAAGAUGAUGAACUCAAAAGGAUAAUUGAUAACUGUGUCCAUGGAGUCUAUGAUCUGUUUUCCUUACAUAAUGGUUUUCUUUUUAAAGGAAAUAGAUUAUGUAUUCCAAAAUGUCCCAUUAGAAGUUUGUUGAUACAUGAAGCUCAUGGGGGAGGGCUAGCUGGUCACGUUGUAUAUGGCGUUAACCCUUAUGUUCCCAUUGAUCUUAUUGCUUUGCCAAAAGACAAGUUCGUUCAUGGUGGGGCAAAGGAGCAAGCCGAGUUCAUGAUAAAAGUCCACAAAGAAGUUCGAAGAAACAUUGAAAAGGCAAAUGAAAUCUACAAGAAACAAGCCAACAAACGAGUUAGAAAUAUGAAGUCUUUUGAAGUUGGGGACUUG